AUCUUCCUUUCCUGCUCUGUUCCAGAGUCCACUCUCUCUCUCUCUCUCUCUAUCUCAAAAAAGCUGACCGGAUGAACUGCCUCCAGAAUCUUCCGAGAUGCUCGUCCUUGCCUCCGCGCAGAUUCAAAUGCCACCGUCAAGUCAAGUCGCCGUGCUUUCUCAGGAUUUCCGGAGCGGCGGGUGAUGCCGAUCGCCCGAAGAGUCUGGCUUUGAAGGCGGUGUCAGGAUCCACGUCCAGCGCAGAAAUGAGUGGCUCUGAAAUGGAGGAGGAGAAAUCAGAGGAAUAUAGCACCACCAUGACAGAAGCAAUGGGUGCUGUUUUGACUUAUAGGCAUGAACUAGGAAUGAACUACAACUUCAUCCGACCAGACUUGAUCGUAGGUUCGUGCCUACAGACUCCAAAAGAUGUCAACAAGCUUCGUGCUAUUGGAGUGAAGACCAUUUUCUGCUUACAGCAAGACCCAGAUUUGGAAUACUUUGGGGUUGAUAUUAAAGCAAUCCGAGACUAUGCUGGAACGUAUGAUGACAUUCAACACUUGCGGGCUCAGAUAAGCAGAGAUUUUGAUGCAUUUGAUUUGCGGAUGCGGCUCCCAGCAGUAGUCAGCAAACUUCACAAGGCCAUAAACCAGAAUGGAGGUGUUACAUAUGUACAUUGUACAGCCGGAAUGGGAAGGGCUCCUGCUGUGGCGUUAGCAUACAUGUUCUGGGUUCAGGGGUAUAAACUUGGUGAAGCUCACAGAUUAUUACUGAGCAAGCGGUCAUGCUUUCCCAAGCUUUAUGCCAUAAAAAGUGCUACUGCUGACAUCCUUACAGGCUCUAAAAAGAAGCCAAUCAGCCUGACAUGGCAAGAUGGCAACUCUUCCACUGUGGAAGUUUCUGGGCUUGAUAUUGGAUGGGGCCAGAGACUUCCUUUGCAAUUUGAUGAGGAACAAAGGCUGUGGAAACUCACGAGAGAACUACCAGAAGGAGAGUACGAAUACAAGUACAUUGUUGAUGGAGAAUGGACGUGCAACGAACAUGAGCUUGUUACUUCUCCAAACAAAGAUGGCCACGUGAACAACUAUAUAAAAGUUCUUGGUGAUGAUCAUGGCAGUGACGGUGCAGCACUGCGAAAUAGGCUGACCGCAGAUAAUCCUGAUCUUACAAAAGAUGAACGUAUGCUGAUUCGACAAUUUCUUGAAGCUUGCCCAGAUGAAGAGUAGAAAAGUUGCCAGCAAGUUGACUCCAUGGCCCCCGACCUCUCAAGAAACAAAGAAACAAGAGUUAUCCGCCCGAAGAAGCAAGUUCUUAAUUUCUAGAAGCCAGUCGGGGAAAAAAGUAAAUUUUCUUUUGCAGGGAACGUCCAACGUAUAUUAUAUAGAUAAAAUUAGUCUAUCGAAUAGAGA